GCCGGGAGUUCAUCGCUUCAUUAUAUGACGCCGUACUGCAGUCCCGAUAAAACCUUCUACCAGACGUGAAAACACGGUCGAGUCACGACAAGCGAACGUGCCUCAACAUAUUUUAAUUUGAGUCGAUUACUGGUCGAGUCAUUAAUUUAAUUUACAUCGCGUGUACAGCGUUCUCCUCUUUCAGUUCUCCUUCUAUUGUUGUUUGUAUUAAUCGAGGUAAAGGCUGCACAGCGAAUAUUAAUCGAUACCAGUCGGUGCUAGGCGUCGCGAUCCAGCGGUACAUCAGGCUGAGUGCGAAUGCAUAUAUACGUGAAUAAAUUCAACGUGGAGUUUUCGAAUUUGCUGGGAAAGAGCGAAGCAUUAUCAUGAGAUACGUCGGGGCGCUCGAUGUUGGUACCACUACGGUGCGUUUUCACAUCUUGAAUGAGAAGGCGAUCACGGUAGCUUCUUCAGUAGAAAAGGUAAAUCUGAUUUAUCCAGAGCCUGGCUUUGUGGAGAUAGAUCCCGAUCAUCUAUGGCAGAUUAUAGUAAAAGUAAUCAAGGAUACAUUUGAUCAUAGUGGGAUCGACCUGAAAGAUAUCGCUUGCAUUGGAAUUUCGUCGCAACGCGCCAGUUUUAUUACUUGGAAUUUGAAAACUGGAAAAUACUAUCACAGGUUUAUAAUAUGGAAGGAUCAACGAGCGGCCAACUUAGUCGAGGAAUGGAACCGGUCGAUAACGAUGAAGGGUUUAAGACUGGGCGCGGGUCUCUUGUACACAUUUACAAGAAGAAAACGAUUUCUGGCAGGCAGCAUACUGAAAUUUAUGAACGUGCAGGUAACCUUAAAAUUAGUGUGGGCUCUCCAGAAUGUACCGGGUCUCCGAGAAGCUGUGUCUAAUAAUGAAGAAGUGGCAAUUGGAGGUGUGGAUUGUUGGCUCUUAUAUAAAUUAACAGGAAAGCAUAUAAUGGAUGUUUCAAGUGCCUCAGCUACUGGUAUUUUUGAUCCAUUUACAAUGGAAUGGGCCAGUUGGGGGUUAAAUAUUUUAAAAUUGCCUCAAAGUAUUUUUCCCGAAGUAGUUGAUACAGCAGGCGAUUUCGGAGUUACACCUAAACACAUAUUCGGAGUUGAAAUUCCAAUUUGUUGCUCAAUGGCCGACCAAGCAGCAUCUUUAUUUGGUUCAGGAUGCUUUAAGCCCGGCGAUCUCAAGGUUACUAUGGGAACAGGUACUUUCGUGAACGUUAACACAGGACAAGAACCACACGCAUCCGUUGCUGGACUUUAUCCAAUUGUCGGAUGGCGAAUCGGAAAAGAAUUAGUAUAUGUUGCAGAAGGAGCUUCACAUGACACUGGUACACUAAUUGAAUGGGCCAAAUCAAUAGGUAUUGUAAACAAUGUUUCGGAAACAUCCGAUGUGGCAAACUCAGUCAAUGAUACCGAUGGAGUAUAUUUCGUUCCGGCAUUCAGCGGAUUGCAAGCUCCUAUAAAUGAUUAUACAGCUGCAACCGGUUUUUUCGGCUUGAAGCCUACCACAAAAAAAGAGCAUAUUAUUCGAUCUUUAUUGGAAAGUCUGGUUUUCAGGAUACAGUUACUUCAUGAAUGUUUGUGCAAGGAAACAUCUUUCACAUACCGAAGAAUAAAGUAAAAAUCAUACCAUAAUAUAAUAAUAC